GGAGAGGAAGGUAUUUUGAUUCAAGAUUACAACCGCACAUGUAUUAAAUAAAUACUACAAAUUUGAUUCUGGCAUAUUUGAUUUCAUGGAGACUUUAAGGAACAGUAAUUGUGGACACAGUUUUCAGUUCUGCAGUACCAGUGUAGUAUUUAGCAGAAUUACUUUUAAGAAUGUUGUCUUGCUUCUCUCUAAACACAAUGUGUGCGGGAACACCCAUGGAAACUAAAAACUUAGCAGGAAUGAAGUUCUUCAGGACCAGGAAUGAGGAAGCUGCUUUACAGACAUGCCUGUUUUACACACGUCACUCAAACACAGAACCAGGAAACAAGAAUCGCAUGAGUUCAGAGAAAUAGAAACUGAAAUGUAGUUGAGCUGUUGUGUGUUUGUGUCUCUGUAUUCAUGCAGUAAAAUGGCAGAAGCCAGAAUUUCUCAGGAUGAGUUCAUGUGUUCAGUGUGUCUGGAUCUCCUGGAGGAUCCAGUGACCACUUCCUGUGGACACAGUUACUGUAAGAUCUGUAUUACAGGCUGCUGGGACCAGGAGGAUCAGAAGAGAGUCUACAGCUGUCCUCAGUGCAGACAGACCUUCAGUCCAAGACCUGCUUUAGCUAAAAACACCAUUCUGGCUGAAAUGGUGGAGAAACUGAAGAAGACUAAACUUCCUGCUGACUGUUACGCUGGAGCUGGAGAUGUGCAGUGUGACGUCUGUACUGGAAGAAAACACAAAGCAAUCAAGUCCUGUCUGGUGUGUCUGAACUCUUACUGUCAGAAUCACCUUGAACAACAUGAGAGUUUGUUUAAAGGAAAGAGACACAAUCUAACUGAAGCCACUGGACGACUGCAGGAGAUGAUCUGCCCAAAACACGACAAGAUCCUUGAGGUUUUCUGCCGCACUGAUCAGAAGUGUAUAUGUGUGCUGUGUAUGGAUGAACAUAAAAACCACAACACUGUAUCAGCUGCAGCACAGAGGACAGAGAAACAGGACCUGCUGAAGAAGACGCAGAGGUGGUUCCAGCAGAGGAUCCAACAGAGAGAGAAAGAUCUUCAGCAGAUGAGAGAGGCUGUGAUGUCUCAUAAGCGCUCAGCACAGACAGCAGUGGAGGACAGUGAGAGGAUCUUCACUGAGCUCAUCCGCUCCAUUGAGAGAAGCCGCUCUGAGGCUACACAGCGGAUCAGAGAUCAGGAAAAGACUGCAGUGAGUCGAGCUGAAGGACGACUGGAGCGACUGGAGCAGGAGAUCAAUGAUCUGAGGAGGAGAGACGCUGAGCUGGAGCAGCUUUCACACACACAGGAUCACAUCCAUUUCCUGCAGAGUUUCCAGUCUCUCUCAGCUCCUCCUGAAUCUACAGACGUAAAUGACGAUCCCUUCAGUUCUCUCUUCUCUUUUGCUGUUGUGAGAGAAUCUGUCCGUCAGCUGAGAGACAAACUGGAGGAUUUCUGCAAAGAGGAGCUGAAGAAGAUCUCUGACAGAGUCACUUUCACCAACAUUGUUCCCAGGACCAGGAACGACUUCCUACAAUAUUCCCAUCAGCUCAAUCUGGAUCUGAACACAGUGAAUAAACACCUGCAUCUGUCUGAGAGGAACAGAGUGAUUACUAACACUUUCCCAGAGCUUCAGCCGUAUCCUGAUCAUCCAGACAGAUUUGAUGUAUAUCCUCAGGUGUUGUGUAGAGAGAGUGUGUGUGGACGCUGUUACUGGGAGAUUGAGUGGAGUGGGAAUAAUAUGUUUAUAUCAGUGUCAUAUAAGAGCAUCAGCAGGAAGGGACGGGGUAAAGAGUGUGUGUUUGGAUAUAAUGAACAGUCCUGGAGUUUGAUCUGCUCUUCCUCCAGUUACUUAUUCAGACACAAUAACAUAAAGACUGAACUCCCAGUAAAGUCCAUCAGCAGUAGAAUAGGAGUGUAUGUGGAUCACAGUGCAGGAACUCUGUCCUUCUACAGCGUCUCUGGAGACACAAUGAUCCUCAUCCACACAGUCCAGACCACAUUCACUCAACCACUCUAUUCUGGGUUUAAUGUUGGUCCUGGAUCAUCAGUGAAACUGUGUUGAUGAAUCAGAAUAGACUGUAGAGAGACUCUACCCAUAAUGCUUUGAGCUCAUGAUGAAUCAGUAACAGUGAGAUGUUAUAGAGUCUCUUAUUUUCUCUUCAUUACAUUAAUACUACAGUUGAACUUCUGUCAG